GUUUGUUUGUUUGUUUGAGGUGUCGAUGAGGGCGCUGCGUCUGGUGUCACGGAUGAAGCGGGACUGGAUGCACGGCGGCAGGCGGCCCUCGGGGCUGUGCGGAGCAGCGUUGUUGGUGUCUGCUCGCCUGCAUGACUUCCACAGGACUCAGAAGGAGAUCAUCAAAGUGGUGAAAGUCUGCGAAGCAACCCUCAGGAAAAGACUGACAGAGUUUGAGGACACGCCCUCCAGUAAGCUGACCAUCGACGAGUUCCACAAGAUCGACCUGGAGGAGGAGCAGGACCCGCCAUCCUUCAAACACAGCAGGAGGAAGGCCAGGCAGCAGUUGGAGGAGCAGCUUGACAAAGAGAUUGAGGGAGAGCUGACCAGCCUGGAGGUGGAGAUAGAGAAGGAGUUAGAGCGGGAGAGAGAGAAGAGGAUGAAGAAGAUGAAGAACCUGCUGGCAGCCAAAGGCAUCACGGAGAGCGACAUCAGAGGCACGCCUGCCGGGUCACCCAUGCCCCCCCUGGAGGGACAGGAAGAUGGUACGUCCUCACCUGGAACCCCCUGCAGCAGAGUGGACUCUCCUAGUGUGGUGCCAGGCACAAGCUGCUCAGGAAACCCCCCUGAACAGAAGCAUUCAGAACAGCAGCAUUCGGAACAGCAGCUACCUCAGGAACAGCAGCUAUCAGAGGAGGAGGUGAUGGGGAAGAUCCUGUCUCCCUUCGCUGGGAUCGUGCCCGCCCUCGGACCGGAGCCCACGCCCGAGAGCCUCGGUAUCAAGGACUCGCUCGACGAGUGCCUGAAGGUCGCGUCAGAGAAAGAAGAAGGUACAGAAGAUGAGGAUGGGGAGAAAGAGGAGGGAGGAGAGCUGGACCUGACUGGCAUCAAUGACGAGGAGCUGGACUGGUUCUUGUUAAAUGACGAAGAGGUUAGAAUAAAAACAGAGAUCUGGACUCUGGCCAACGCAGACUAUAUCCAGAAAAUGAAAGAGAAAGAAGAAAAAGAAGCGCUAGAAAAGGAACAGGGCAUUCAUAAACCAGAGCAGAAAAAGAGGAGAAAGCCGAAGAAGAAGCAGCCCAUCCAGGCCAGCACGGCCGGUGAGGCUAUUGAGAAGAUGCUUCAGGAGAAGAAAAUCUCCAGCAAAAUCAACUACGACGUUCUCAGGGACCUGAACAAGGAGACGGAGACCAAGAAGCCGCUGGAAAUCACUCCGAACCGCCUCACGCCGAGCAGACUGCAGCAGCCCCUCAUGUCCCCCAAUGUUCCAGCCAGGACGGCGCUCAGACUACCCACAGGGGGCAGCAGUAAGAGGUGGGUUAAAGAUCCAGGAAGAGGCAAAAUUCUGUGAAUAGUUUCAUCAGGUUAGUCAG